GGAUGCGGGUGCGCGCGGCGCUGCUGUGCGCGGCGGCGCUGCUGUGCGCGGCGGCGGGGCCGGGCGGUCGCGCCUGGCCCGGCGGCGCGCUGUGCCCGCGGCGGGCGGUGGGCGCGGGCGGCACCCGCUACCUGGCCUUCCUCAGCCGCGGGCCGGGGCCGCCGGCGCUCGUGGAGAGCACCUGGGCCGGGCGCGGGGGGCUGCGCGCCUGCUGGGCGCGGCGCGACCCGCGCCUGGCCCGCGCCUUCCGCGCCGCCUGCGCGCAGCGCCCUCCCGGCGCCCCCGGGGCCGCGCUGCGGCGGGACCUGGCCGCGCUGUGGCGGCGCCGCGCCGCCUGCCGCGACCCGGGCGGGCCGGAGCCGGGGCGCCGCCGCCGUCGCGGCUGGACGCUGCCGGGCACGCUGUGGUGCGGCGCCGGCGACUCGGCGGGGAGCCCCAGCGAGCUGGGUCUCUUCCGAGGCCCCGACCGCUGCUGCCGGGAGCACGACCGGUGCGAGGCGCAGAUCGCGGCGCUGGAGUUCAACUACGGCAUCCGCAACUACCGGCUGCACACCGUGUCCCACUGCGACUGCGACGGCAGGUUCCGGCGCUGCCUGCUGCACCUCAACGACACCGUCUCCACCAUCAUCGGCGUCACGUUCUUCAACUUGCUGGAGGUGCCGUGCUUCGUGCUGGAGGAGAGCGAGGAGUGCGUGCAGUGGCACUGGUGGGGAGGGUGUGAGCGUUACGGUGUAGUGCCCCUGGCCAGGAUGGUGCAGCAGAAUCGGUACCACUAUGGCCUGCCCGUGGAGGAGCUGGACAGCCCCACCAAGCAGUCCCCGCGCAAGGGAAGAAGGAAGUCCUCUAGGCUUGGCCGGAAGCGGCUACGACAGAGCCUGGGACAAAAUCCCAAGCUCCGUCAGGCGCAGAGCCCUGGGCAGAGUCGGAGACUUGUGACGGCCCAGCAGCCAUGGGGCCCAGGUACCUUGCCCCCCGCAUCUACUAGGGAUGAGGCUGAGCCCACAACCAGGUACCUGACAGCUCCAUGGCAGCUGGAGCCAGGGCCUUCAACAGCAGUGACCAUGCUGGAGCAGGGCUCUGCUGGAGGAAGGCAGAUGCUUGGAGAAGCACAGCAGGGGGGUAGGCACAGCACUGCCUGCGUGUCCCACCAUGAAGAAGACAGCAUCAGAUCCAGCCCUGCUGCAGAGCUGGGCAGAGCAACCCCUGUGCCCCCCCUGGAUCAGCACAGGCAGCGGGGCCUGGCUCGGAUGUGCAGGUGCUACAAGCGCCUGGAUAAGUGCGAGCACCAGAUUGCGCCCCAUGAGGUUAAGUACGAGCUGCAUAACAUAGACACCCGGACCCUGUUCCACUGCAACUGCACUCGCAGGCUGGCACGGUUCCUGCGCAGGGUGAGGGGCCUCAGCGACGUGGAGGAGGCAGUGCUGGCUGAGCGCAUCGCCAUGGACUGCUUCGUACUGGAGCCGCUGGCUGACUGUGGCCUCAACAAGGAGCCACAGCACAACUGUAUUACAGGGACCCAGGCUGUGCUAGUACCUGCUUGGCAUCUCAGAAACAGCUUGAGCCGCUGGGGUGCUCUGCAUGUGGCCUCCAAGGUCAAGCAUCAAGACCAGAAGAUGCAGAACAGUGGUGGCACGCUCUAUGAGAGAUGCUUGCAACUGGCCUUGGACCAGGAAGGGGGAGUUCAGCACCCCACGGUGCCCCGAUGAUGCCUGAGCAGAGCUGCCCUGUGUAGAAUGAAGAUGUGCUGUGCAGCAGCUGCUGGAGCAGAGCUGCUUCACUCCUGUCUUGGAGACAAAGGCUGGCUCUGAGCAUGGCUGUUGGCAUGACUGCGUGGAGCUUGGGGGCCAGAGCUGGAGUGGGGGGAAGGCAGAGGAACUGGGAGGGGUUGACUAGCCCUUCCCAAGGAGUGAUGGGGCUGUGGGGUGGCUGUGGCUGCCAUCUGUGAGCAUCCAAGCAUGGGGAAAGGAGCAGGAGCACUUGGAAAAACACAGUCCCCCCCCACACCCUGUGUCCUUCCCUGUUGUGCCCCAUGGGGCAGGGGAGUACUCGACCCACCUUCACCUUUGGGCAUUUGAGCCCCAGGCAAGGGAGAUGCCAGGAACUAUUCCCCCCCAUGUGUGUCCUUUCUGGUGGUGGGGUUGAGGGGUCCUGAGCUGCUGGGUGAGCCUGGCCCCCAGCUGGGUUGGGGGGGGGGGGUAGAGCUGUGGUGCUGUAGCUGUGCUGGCUCCUAGCACUGGAGC